AUGGAAUAUUUCCGAGUUUUACUACUCUUGACUGUUGGAUUUAUCGCUACUACUCAGGCCACCAGUCAGUGCCCAAGCGGAUACAAUGAUACACUUGUGGAAAUGACAAAGACUUUUGAGUUUACCGCAGGCAGUUCUUUCAUUCUUGGCCAAGUGAUUUACCAGAAUAAUUUCUUUUACGGUCUUAUUAGGUACACUCUUUCGUCAAGACAGCAUACAAUGGUAUUUAAGAGGGAUCAGAAUUUUGCUAAUGGGGGUGAGGUAAAGUAUGAUGCCAUUUCUCGAGACUCUGAUCCAGCCUCCCUAGCAGCAGGAGAUUCACUAGCAAUAGCUACAGAUAGCAGCUUCCUGUUAUUCUCGGGCAUGAUUAAUGAUUCCAGUACAUUCAAUGCGUUUUUAUCAAGAAUUGAUGAGAGCACUUUUUCAAUAACCAGCUCAUACCGUUUUUCUGGGAUGAAAAACUUCCAUAGUAUAGUUCUAUCUCAAGAUGCUGUUUCAGCAUUUUUAAUAGGAAGAGAUGGGUCUAAUAAUGGAGUGCUCUGUUUGGUCAGUGUCAGCACCUUGAAUAGUGCAGAUUGAACAGUUUUAACAUCUACAAAAACUAUUAGUCUCGCCUAUAUUGGACUAACUUCUGGCACGAAUGAAUUAGUAUUUUCAAUUUAUGAGUCAUCAAAGCUAAAAUUAACAAAGAUUGAUGAAACUUCUGGAUCAGCUUCCUUUGCCUGGAUAAAUGAAUUUGGGUAUUCUGGUUAUGGAGGGAUCACCUCCAUACAGGAUAAACUUGCUUAUGAUUCAACCACACAAGAAAUUUAUCAUAUGGCAUAUAUGAGUAAUGAUAUUAUCAUAUUUAUGGCUAUUAAUGCUCAGACUGGAAGUUUAAAGCAUGGAGUUUACUACCUGAACACCUUAACUUCAAUAGAAACUAUUGGGAUCACAGUCAAAGAUAGAGCUUAUCUGAUGGCUCAGGCUUCAAGCCAGAGCUAUGUUUUCCCUUAUGACACAGGAACUAAUACAUUUUCUUCAACUUAUGACAAUCUAACUAGAUUCAAAGGAGCUUUUGUGGCGAUGCUGGAAAACUUCUUUUUAUCUGGAGGCAUGAACACUAACAAUAAUUGUGCUAUUUUUAAAUAAAGUCAACAUGCCUUCUAUCUUGAAAGGAAAUAAUGAUAUUGAUAAUUCAUACCCAUAUGGCACUUCUGGAGGGGAUUUGUUCCAGACUGGAGCAACUACAGAUUAUAAUAUCUCCUCUUCUACAAUUACGUCAACUGUUACGACAGGUUUACAGUCAGGUGCAUCUACUUCAGUCUUUGAUGUAACAACUGCUUAUACCCAACAAGAUUGUGCAUAUCUUCAGUAUACAGCUGAUGUAGCUUACUUAUCUAGUAAUAUUAUUAAUGCAGAUGUGCAAGCAGGAGCGAGUACAAAUAUUUCAGUAACUGAACCAUGAUUGACCUCAAGCUCGAACACUCUGGUAUUCUCCACUUCUGCAGUUCUUUCUUGGUCAACUUAUGUUUCUGCAGAUAAAGUUUUGAUAGCUAGCCCAAGCAGUAGUGUUUCUGAUGGAAGUUAUUCGGAUAGCCUAACUGCGAUAUUCAGCUCGAAAAGCUAUAGCUUAGAGGUUAAUUACAAUGUUUACAGCUGAUCGGUGACUGAUUGUGAGCUUUGAGCUGCGUCAACUACAUAUUUAUGCAGCCAGUGAAUCAGUGGAAAGGUAUUAUCAAGUGACUUUUUGACAUGAAGUAGCUCAACUCCACCUACCAAUCCUCCAUCAACAAAUCCAACGCCAUCAAAUCCAACUUCAUCGAAUUCUACGUCAUCGAAUUCUACGUCAUCAACAUCUGAUUCUGGAACUUUAUCUGAAAAUCAGGAGACUAUGUCGACUAUCGGGAGAUCUUUAUAAUUGCAUCAGGGUUAGUCUUAAGCCUGGCAGGUGCCUUAACUGGUCUCUCAUCUACACAGAGUAUAUGGAGUAUGCUGAACCAAUACCAGUUGUUUUUAACUUUACCGCUAGUAGGCUGGCAUAUUUCCCCAACCUUCGUAAAAUUCAUUAGCGAUUUCGACUUCACUGCAUUUAAUGGUGAAUGGUUAGCUCUUGAUCAGAUGUUCUUGUUCAAGGAUUUAUAUGAAUGGCUUAACAUUCCUCAAUCCAAAGCUAAUUUUGAGUCUAUCGGACUGAAAUCAGGCAGCACAUUGAUCAACCAGCUCGGGAUCCUAUUCCUCCUCCUGUUGCUUAUCUUUUUGCAUCUGGUUUUUGAGCUGCUAAAAACAAGCUGACUAUGGAAAGUUCAGAACAAAUUCUGGACUAAAGUAUUUGAUAAAGCAGAUGUUUUACUGAAGUAUAAUGUUUAUGUUAGGAUUAUGCUGGAAAUAUACCUGUUCACUAUUCUUUCAAGUCUUUCUGAGACAAGGUCCUUUAACCAUAGUUCUUCAGCCAGGGUGCUAUCCUUGAGCUUGUCUCUCAUAUUUGUGUGAGUCAGCUUUGUCUGUCUCUUCGCAGUGGGAGUUCAUUAUUUUAAACAUCGAAAUACUUCAUUCAAAGAGCAGAGUAAGAGGUUCAGUGAACUCUAUCCUUCAGUGAGGGAUAACAAGUUUCAUAAGCUGUAUUCUUGCUGUUUCCUCAUGAGGCGGACCCUUAUAGUGGUAGUGAUCCUCUCAGAUGUGAUCCUUGAUAAUCCGGAUACACUGAUGAUGCGGACAAUUCUUUAUACUCUUGUGCAAUUCCUGGUGUUCGUAUUCAAAUGAACCUGGAUCUUUAAUAACUUGAAGGACAAUAUUAUCGAAAUAGUUAAUGACUUCAUUUUGGUCAUGCUCUCUCUGACUUUCACUAUUUGUCAGAAAGAAAAUACAUGUGAUAAUGAUGUUGUCACUGACUUUGCAAUUAUGGUCUUGGUGAUCAAUGGAGUAUUCAUGAAUAUUUCAGUCAUCUUAUUCCAAUUAAUUAGGUGGAUAAAGAAAAGCAGGUGAAAGAAGCACAAAGUUUUACAGAUGGUUAAGCAAACUAGGGUUAAGAACACUAAGGUUAAGAAAUCUAUGGCUAAGACCCAGACUAUCAGAGCAUGUUCCCUCAAAGUAAAUAAUCCCACUGGCAGAACACUCCAAGAGAAUAGGAUCUCCACACGAAGAACAUUCAGUGUUGACGAAGAAGAGAAGCAGAGGGAGACCACAACUGCUAAGAAUACUCCCAGGUAUACUAAAUCCCAAACUGAUCGAAGUCAUGUAAGCAACAACGGUUACAACUGCUCGACAUUAAUAAAUGUCUUAGAGAACAAGGAGGAUUCUGAGGAUUAGAGCAUGACAUCAAUAGUUCCUCAAUGCAUGGAAUCAGGCUGCUGCCAGCAAUAUCAUCAGAAUAUUGAUUUCAGGUCUCUAAUAUAUGUUUAAUACUAAUAUCAACAU